UUUUAUAAAAUCUGGUUUAUUCUCUGCUAAAACCCUUUGUUCUCAGAAUCAUAAAACAACCCUCAAUAUUGUAGUUUCCGAUCCUUUUUGGACGAUUUAGGGAUUUCAUUUGUGAAAAAGGCGCUCUCUUUAUGUUGAAUUAAUGAUGAACAAGAGACGUGAAUCUUAUCCGGAAGAAAAAAGAUGAGAUCUUUGAGCAGUGUGGGACUUGCUCUAAGCAUAGUCUUUGGUUGUUUGCUGCUAGCUCUUCUCGCCGAGCUCUAUUACUUGCUCUGGUGUAAGAAGAGGACGACAACGACGAGUCCUAAUCUGCGGAAUGACUAUUCUACCCCUGCAACCAGAGAGCUUCUCUUCAUCUUCUGUUGCAGCAACACAAACCCUUCUUCUUCUCCUUGCUCUUCUUUCUCAAACCCCAAACCCAUUGAAACUCAACAGCAAUGUCCUUGUCCUCAUGAUUUUGGGAAUGUGGUGGGUCCAGGGCUCGUGCCGAGGUUUCUGUUCACAAUCGUAGAGGAAACAGUGGAGGAAAUGGAAUCUGAAGGUGGACUUUCCACGAAAGGAAAGAGCUUGAAUGAUUUGUUUCUUAAUAUGGAAAGUGGUUCUACUCCUCCGUAUCUUACUCCUCGUGCUUCUCCUUCGCUAUUCACGCCUCCUUUCACUCCAUUGCUAAUGGAGUCUUGUAAUGGCAGAAGAGAAGGGAUCUCGAAUUUCUCCGAGUCAUCGACCGAUGCUGAGUUUAACAGGUUAGUGAGAUCAUCGCCAUUGUCAUCACAUUCACCAUUGUCACCAUCAUCGUCUUCAUCGCCAUUGCCGAGAUUCAAGUUCCUAAGAGACGCAGAGGAGAAGCUUUACAAGAGGAAAGUGAUGGAGAUUGCACAAGCUCAGGAACUCAAGGGCUAAAUUGGUAAAAAAAACAGAGCUUUAAGAAUCAGAGAUUUUUGAAGGUGAAGUUUCAUUGAGAAUAUGACAAGAAGGUGGUCCAAAAAACCGCUUAGUGCCAAAUCUUGUGCAAUAGAAAUUAGCAAAAUUUUGAUUUUUGCUAAUCUUUAUUCUUCGAAUUUUAAUUGCCUUGUAAAUCUAGUUUAGCGUUUCGUUUUGGCUGCAAAACGCUCCCCUAAUCAUCAACAUAUUUUUUGUCUGAAUGAGUUUGGCUCGUCGUCGUCGGAUUAAACGGUUGUAAUUUU